UGUUUGUGUUUUCAGGUGCGUGUUUAUUAGCAUAAAAAUCUUAAAAAAUUACGAUUAACAUCUCGUUCCACUUUACGGUAACUGUUCUCGUUUAUUGAGGCUCUCCACUCGGAUAAUUUCACCUGUGCUCUACCGAUUAUUUAAAUUAAACAACGUUUCUGCCAUAUGCCAUAAUUCGGAUCGACUUAUCUGAGAUUUGUUGUUGACGGCGUAUGUGAACAUUUGGAGGGUUCUUCAACAGUAGCACAUUUAUUUCUGUAAAGGCCAACUGCAAGAUAAGAGCUAUUUACGGACGUAGAAUUAUUUUAAAAAUUAGUUGCGAUAAAGAGAAACGGAGAAAAGUGAUAUUGUGCUGUGGGAUUGUUGAUUUUAAGGACUAUUUCCUGGUUUUUGAUGUAACUGUACACACAAUGGAAAUACCGCUGUACUUUAACAUUUACAGUGAAGGUUUAUUCACUGGGCCGGAGAGUAGUGUCCCGAUCGAUUACGCCAAGAUUUAUCCCGACCCCGAGUCGGAGAAAGCUAUCAUGAGCUCUGUCGUUUACUGCAUUCACCAUAAGGAAGGCUGCAAAUGGUCAGAUGAGCUCAGAAAAUUGAAGGCGCACCUAAACUCGUGUAAACACGACGCGAUCCCUUGCACCGGCAAAUGCGGCGCCCAAAUCCCGCGAGUCAUCAUGGAAGAGCACCUCAAAACCACUUGUCCUCAACGGCGCGCCAGGUGUCAGUUCUGCAACAAGGAAUUUACUGGCCUAGUCUUCGAGAAUCACGCGGGCAACUGCGGCUACGAGCCCCUCUAUUGCGAAAACAAAUGCGGAGUCAAAGUCGCAAGACGCCACUUGAGCCAGCACAAAGUGAGCGAGUGCUCGAAACGGCUCCUUCCGUGCAGAUUUUGCUCGAAGGAAUUUGUCGCUGACACACUUUCGGCGCACCAUCUGAAGUGUGGAAGGGUUCCAGUGGCGUGCCCCAACAGGUGCGACGUUAACGUGCUCGCAAAGGAGGAUUUGGAGGCGCAUUUGAAAGAGGAUUGCACGGUUUCGGUGCUUAGUUGCACCUACAAGGACGCAGGGUGCCGGUUUAAGGGCCCUCGAUACCUAAUGGAGAAGCAUUUGGAGGAAAACAGUCAACAGCAUUUGGCUCUAGUUUGCACAGUUGUGACGAAACAGCAACACCAAAUCACCUCACUCAAAAAUGCCCUCUCGAGGCUAUCUCUCAACUACUCUGGGACCCUAAUCUGGAAAAUCAGCGACUUUUCCGAAAAAAUGAACGAAGCGAAGAAUAAAGAGGGGAUGGAGUUGGUCUCGCCGCCUUUCUAUACUAGUCAAUACGGAUACAAGCUUCAGGCUUCACUUUUUCCUAACGGAAACGGAGCCGGCGAAGACUCCCACAUUUCCGUCUACAUCAAAAUCCUUCCAGGUGAAUACGACGCCCUCUUGCGUUGGCCCUUCGCCCACUCCGUCUCGUUCACCCUCUUCGACCAGUCCUCCUGUCCCGAAAAAGCGUGCAAUAUUGUGGAAAGUUUUAUUCCGGACCCCACUUGGAAAAAUUUUCAAAGGCCGAGUAAAGAACCCGAUUCCUUGGGUUUUGGUUUCCCCAAAUUUGUGUCCCAUGAAAUGUUGAAAAAGAGGCACUUUAUGAAAGAUGACACAAUGUUUAUUAGGGUUAAAGUUGAUCCUAGUAAAAUUGUUGCUGUUUGAAGUUGCUACAAUUUUCGGCUCUUGAUCUCAUUUUGUACAUAAUUGUAAAGUUUUGUAAAAAGCGAUAAGACUGUAUAGGGUUACACGAGGAUGUGUGUAAAUAAAAAAUGGAAUAUUUUUGCACCAAAAUAUUCUGUAUUUCUGGUUAGGUUGCUCAGGAAAAUUGUAAAAUUCAAAAUUGUAGGUUUGUUUUAUUUUCGAUUUUUUUGUGAUAGCUGGAGAAGACCAAAGUUCUGUUUAUUUUUCUGUAAAUAUAAGGCGUAAGGACAAGUACUUCGUACGUAAGCGAUAGUCAUUGUUAGGCUAGGCUUCUAACUUAGUGGAUCAUUUUUAUUUUAAUAAAAGCAUUUUUACAUAA